UGAACGCAUGACGCAUUUCCCGUCUUGGAAACGAACGAGACGACGGGGUAGUUGCAUUCAACUGUCUCGAUAAAACAUACUUUUUACCCUUAAAACUCGACAAUUCAUUAGUUCAAGAUGUCUGGACAAAACGCUCUCAACAUGAAGCAGCCGCCGAUUCAGUCAACGGCCGGAGCCGUACCCAUCCGAAAUGAAAAAGGCGAGAUCUCAAUGGAAAAGGUAAAAGUGAAGCGUUAUGUGUCUGGAAAGCGUCCUGACUACGCUCCCAUGGAGUCCUCCGACGAGGAAGAGGAGGACUUCCAAUUCGUGAAGAAGGGUAAAGAUGCCGAGCCUGAGAUGGAGAUGGAAGAGGAGGAUGUGUCGGAUCCCCGUCUGAAGCGUCUGUUGAACCGCGUAUCUGAGGACGUGGAGGAAAGACUGGCGCGCCACAGACAGAUUGCAGAACCAGAGCUGGUGGCCGAGAGCAGCGAGGACUCUGAUGAAGGCACCUGGCACCCGGAGCGUGAAGAGAGCAGUGAGGAAGAAGAGGAAGAGGAGGAGGUGGAUGAUGAGGAAAUUGAGCGGCGUCGUGCCAUGAUGCGUAAUCGUGCUCAGGAUAGGAAGAUCGAGGAGAUGGAGGUGAUGGAGGUGGAGGAGGAGGGGAAGUCCGGCGAGGAAUCCGUGUCCGAGUCGGAGUAUGAGGAGUACACAGACAGCGAGGACGAGGCUGAGCCCCGUCUCAAACCAGUCUUCAUCCGCAAGAAGGACCGUGUGACGGUGGCUGAGCGUGAGGCUGAGGAGCUGAAGCAGAAGGAGCUGGAAGUGGAGGCUAAGAGGGUGGCGGAGGAAAGGCGGCGCUACACGCUCAAAAUCGUGGAGGAGGAGGCCAAGAAGGAGUUUGAGGAAAACCGCCGCACCCUCCUCGCCCUGGACGCCCUGGACACGGAUGAUGAGAACGAGGAGGAAGAGUACGAAGCAUGGAAGGUGCGCGAGCUGAAGCGCAUCAAACGCGACCGUGAGGCCAGAGAACAAAUCGAGAAAGACAAGGCGGAGAUCGAUAGGUUCCACAGCAUGACGGAGGAGGAACGCAGAGCGGAGCUACGCAACAACGGCAAAACCGUCACCAACAAGGCCAGCAAGGGCAAAUACAAGUUCCUGCAGAAGUACUACCACAGAGGAGCCUUUUUCAUGGAUGAAGAGGAGGAUGUUUUCAAGAGGGACUUCAGCGCUCCUACUUUGGAGGACCAUUUCAACAAGACCAUUCUUCCCAAAGUCAUGCAGGUCAAGAACUUUGGGCGCUCAGGACGCACUAAAUACACUCAUCUGGUGGAUCAAGACACAACGUCGUUCGACUCAGCCUGGGCCCAAGAAAGUGCUCAGAACACCAAGUUCUUCAAACAGAAGGCCGGGGGCGUGAGAGACGUGUUCGACCGGCCAACCGUGCAGAAGAGGAAAACCUAGGUUCCCAAACCUGUAGCUCAAACGGACUGUUUAUAAAAAUGUCUCUUACUUUGCGUGCUGUCCCACGGACAUGAUCGUUUGUCCUUUGGGGAUGUGGAGAGGCUGUGUAAAAACUGCACUCUUCCAGAGGAUGGAGGUUUUUUUUUUUUUUCUUUCCAGGAAUGACCUGGGCCAAAUUUCUCAUUGACUAUCGCAGUAGAUUGCUGAACUUUAAACACUUUUGUAUCAUAGUGUUUGAGAAGGAAGCUGGCCCAGGAGAUUUGGGGACUUGUACAGUGACAAAUUUAAAUAGCUACAUGCAGCUUUACUGUUUUGUUUUAUCCAUUUUUGUUUUAAUUUUAGUGUGAUUUUUGUAUCAUGCUGUUCAGCCUCUUUGUACAAUGUGUUGCUCCUAACUGGUAAUAAAUUACCCAACCCCCUUA